CGCCCUCACUUCUAGGCUUGGUUGAGCCGUGCAGAUACCUUCUUGAAACAAAACAUUUUCCUACCUACUCAUACUUGGUGACUCCGAGGGAAUUUCUGAGAUUCCCUUCUUGCUCAUUUCUGAGUAUUGUUGGAACUAUUCCUGACACUAUGAAUGCUAUUUGGAUGCCUCUUAAGUCUGUUCUGUGGGGAGGCAGCCAGGGGCUGUGGAGCUGGCCUCAGCACCGGGAGAGGCUGGACUUCCUGUCUCUCUGUGCUGAAUGGCUGCGAUGGCGCCCGCUCUCACUGACGCAGCAGCUGAAGCACACCACAUCCGCUUCAAACUGGCUCCCCCGUCCUCCACCUUGUCGCCUGGCAGUGCCGAAAAUAACGGCAACGCCAAUAUCCUCAUCGCUGCCAACGGAACCAAAAGAAAAUCCAUUGCUGCAGAGGAUCCUAGUCUAGAUUUCCGAAAUAAUCCUACUAAGGAAGACUUGGGAAAGCUGCAACCACUGGUGGCAUCUUAUCUCUGCUCCGAUGUGACAUCUGUUCCUUCAAAGGAGUCUUUGAAAUUGCAAGGAGUUUUCAGCAAGCAGACAGUCCUUAAAUCUCACCCUCUCUUAUCUCAGUCCUAUGAACUCCGAGCUGAGCUGUUGGGGAGACAGCCAGUCUUGGAGUUUUCCUUAGAAAAUCUUAGAACCAUGAAUACCAGUGGUCAGACAGCUCUGCCACAAGCACCUGUAAAUGGGUUGGCUAAGAAAUUGACUAAAAGUUCAACACAUUCUGAUCAUGACAAUUCCACUUCCCUCAAUGGGGGAAAACGUGCUCCUACUUCAUCUGCUCUCCAGGGAGGUGAAGCGGGGGGAUCUGAAUCUGGGGACUUGAAGGGGGGUAUGACCAAUUGCACUCUUCCACAUAGAAGCCUUGAUGUAGAGCACACAACUAUAUUUAGCAAUAAUAGCACUGCAAGCAAAUCUUCUGGAAAUUCCAUGGAACAGCCGGCACUUCAAGGAAGCAGUAGGUUAUCACCUGGCACAGACUCCAGCUCAAACUUUGGGGGUGUCAAGUUAGAGGGCAAAAAAUCUCCCCUGUCUUCCAUUCUUUUCAGUGCUUUAGAUUCUGACAUGAGGAUCACGGCCUUACUGCGGCGGCAGGCUGAUAUUGAGAGUCGUGCCCGUAGGUUACAGAAGCGCUUACAGGUUGUGCAAGCCAAGCAGGUGGAGAGGCAUAUACAGCAUCAGCUGGGUGGAUUUUUAGAGAAGACUUUGAGCAAACUGCCAAACUUGGAAUCCUUAAGGCCUCGGAGCCAGUUGAUGCUGACACGAAAGGCUGAAGCUGCCUUGAGAAAAGCUGCCAAUGAGACCACCACAUCAGAGGGCCUCAGCAACUUCCUGAGAAGUGAUUCAAUUUCAGAAGAAUUGGAGAGAUUUACAGCCAGUGGCAUAGCCAACUUGAGGUGCAGUGAACAAGCAUUUGAUUCAGAUGUCACUGACAGUAGUUCUGGAGGGGAGUCAGAUAUUGAAGAGGAAGAGUUGACCAGAGCUGAUCCUGAGCAGCGCCAUGUACCCUUGAGGCGCAGGUCAGAGUGGAAAUGGGCUGCAGACCGAGCAGCCAUUGUUAGCCGCUGGAACUGGCUUCAGGCUCAUGUUUCUGACUUGGAAUAUCGAAUUCGGCAACAGACAGAUAUUUACAAACAGAUUCGUGCUAAUAAGGGAUUGAUAGUUCUUGGGGAGGCACCUUCUCCAGAGCACACAUCAGACUUAUUUCUUCCACUUGGUUCUGAGGUGAAGACAGAUCAUGGGACCGAUAAACUGAUUGAGUCUGUUUCUCAGACACUGGAAAACCAUGGUGCCCCUAUUAUUGGUCAUCCUUCAGAGUCAUUGUCUACCAAAUCAUGUGGCACCCUGAGACCUGUCAACGGAGUCAUUAACACUCUGCAGCCUGUUUUGACGGACCACAUUCCAGGAGAUGGUUCUGAUGCUGAGGAACAAUUACAUAAAAAGCAACGACUGAAUCUUGUGUCUUGGUCAUCUGAUGGCACCUGUGUGGCAGCCCGAACACGACCUGUACUGAGCUGUAAGAAGCGGAGGCUUGUUCGACCUAACAGCAUCGUUCCUCUUUCCAAGAAGGUUCACCGGAACAGCACAGUCCGUGCUGGCUGUGAAGUGAGUCCGUCCUGUGCGCUGUGUGGCUCCGGCAGUGUCAGCACCAUGCCUCCUGAAAUCCACUAUGAAGCCCCUCUGUUGGAACGCCUUUCCCAGCUGGACACUUGUGUUCACCCAGUUCUAGCAUUUCCAGAUGAUGUCCCCACAAGCCUGCACUUCCAGAGCAUGCUGAAGUCUCAGUGGCAGAACAAGCCUUUUGACAAAAUCAAACCUCCUAAAAAAUUCUCCCUUAAGCACAGAGCGCCCAUAGCAAGCAGUCUACCAGAUCCAACUCGGAAAGACAGGCACAAGUUGGUCAACUCCUUCUUAACAACAGCCAAGCUGUCCUAUCACCAAAUCCGACCUGACAGGACCCACAGACAGCACUUAGACGAUGUGGGGGCUGUGCCCAUGGUGGAGCGAGUGACAGCGCCCAAAGCAGAGCGCUUGCUCAACCCGCCGCCACCCGUGCAUGACCCAAACCACAGCAAAAUGAGAUUGCGAGACCACUCAUCUGAGAGAAGUGAAGUGUUGAAGCAUCACACAGACAUGAGCAGCUCAAGCUACUUGGCAGCUGCUCAGCCUCCAGCACACAGUCCCCUGGUGCGUCAGCUCUCCACCUCAUCAGACACCUCUGCUCCCAGCAGCUCGGGCUCACAAGUCACAGCCAGCACAUCUCAGCCAAUAAGGAGGAGACGGGGAGAGAGCUCAUUUGAUAUUAACAACAUUGUCAUCCCAAUGUCUGUCGCUGCAACAACCCGAGUGGAGAAACUACAGUACAAGGAGAUCCUGACUCCCAGCUGGCGGGAAGUUGAUCUUCAGUCUCUGAAGGGGAAUCCUGAUGAAGAGAAUGAGGAGAUUGAGGACCUGUCCGAUGCGGCCUUUGCCGCCCUGCAUGCCAAAUGUGAGGAGAUGGAGAGGGCGCGGUGGCUCUGGACCACGAGUGUACCACCCCAGCGACGUGGCAGCAGGUCUUACAGGUCAUCGGAUGGGCGGACGACCCCCCAGCUGGGCAGUGCCAACCCCUCCACCCCUCAGCCUGCCUCCCCUGAUGUCAGUAGCAGCCAUUCUUUGUCGGAGUUUUCCCACAGCCAGUCCCCUCGGAGCCCCAUUAGCCCGGACCUACUCUCGGCUCCCCUCACCCCUGUGGCUCGGGACACUCUGCGACACCUAACCAGUGAAGACACCCGGUGUUCCACGCCAGAGCUGGGGCUGGAUGAGCAGUCUGUCCAGCCCUGGGAGCGGCGAACUUUCCCCCUGGCGUACAGUCCCCAGGCAGAGUGCGAGGACCCCCUGGAUGCACAGGAACGGGCAGCUCGCUGCACUCGGCGCACCUCAGGCAGCAAACCUGGCCGGGAAACGGAGGUGGCCCCCACCUCACCUCCUGUUGCCCCCCUCAAAAGUCGGCAUCUGCUGACAACAGUCACAGCGCAGCGUCCAGCUCACAGAUGAGUGGGUACAGGAAUCGAAACAGACUCAUUAUACUAUUGGCAUUAAAGCUUCAGAAAUCUCUGUGUUUGAUAUUCAAACAUCAUAUGCCAGAAAUUUUCACAGUUUUUAGUGAAUUUAAGGAAUUUAGAUCCUACUUUGGUCUCUUUUUUUUUUUUUUUUUCCUUGUUUUGAUUUUUGUUUUGUUUUGGUUUCCAUAUUUUCUUGUCACACACCUGAGCACUCCCUCCAGUUGGCAAACACAAGUUCAGGAUAAGAGCCUGCUGGCCCAGCCCCAGCCCCCCUGCACAGUUGAAUCACUGGACUCACCAUGCUACAAGGUCUGUGGGCAGACAUCCCAGGAUGGAAAGCUGUAGUUCAGCAAUGCCUUCUAGGUUGGGAUGGGAGAGAGCAGGCUACCCAGCUCUUCCCCCUUCCCUCCCUCUGUGGCU